GAACACCCUUCAAAUGGGUGGGAAGGGGAGGAAGACUUGGUUGUUGCCACAGGUUGGCAGGUGAUACAAUGGCAGUGCCCAGAAGGAAUGCAGAGAAGACCACGUGGAAUGCUGGGUUCCCUGGACUGCCCCUUCUGGGACAACUCAUAACCGGUCAUGUCUGAUCUGGCUUAGAAGCCUCUUCUGCUAUGGACAAAUCGCUCUUCUAACACAAUGACGCUAAAGAAAACUCAGGGAAAACUCAGCCUCAUUUUCUGCUCAAAUCCACUCCAGCUUCACCUUUGGGUUGUUCAGUAGCGUAGGUCAAUCCAGUCUUUUUUUCUCCCCCCAGUUUUUUGUUGUUGCUGUUGUUGUUUUGGUUUGUUUUGUGUUGUUUGUUGUUGUUUUUUUUUAAGAUUACCACACUAAUAUUGCAGAAUUUAACCUCUUAACCUUUCCUUCUACUAGCCUAUCAUCUCUAGGUAUUCGUUUCAUGCUUCUGUAACAUCACACAUUUUCAGUAUGUCUGCCCAAAAUCUCUUCAACAAACUUGGAGGGAUUAUGUAGAAGUAACUGCUUAUAAGAAUUAUGUUUCUGCUUUGUUUAAUAUGGUCUUCAAACUUUUGCCUUUAAAAGUUCAAAUACUGAAAGAAGCUCAAGUAAAACAAAGAACGGAACCUUGGUUCACUGUUGCAAUCUUUACUAUGACACACCUCACUUACUGUACAUUACAUGGUUGAACAGACAGUAGAAAUUUUACUUCCCAUUGAUACCUAAACCAACAUUUCUUCUCAACAUAUUUUCAAACAUUUAAUGUUCCAGAAUCUAUAACAAAUGCAAAUGUUUUGCCCUUCCUACUUCAGUUUAGACAGGUGUGCUUUUUCUGGAGUCUCCCUGACAGAUAAAGGAUCCUUUUCCUCUAUUGACUACAUAGACAAAAGUUACUGAUGCCACAUGAUAUAAAGACUUUUUAAAAAAACUAAGUACAAAUGCAGGCAUUGGUGAGAAGUUGACAAGCAAGUUCUCAAAGAAGAUGGGAUGCUGUGAUUGCCACUAACCCUGCCUUAGGAGCACCCAAGACUAAGCUAAAGAGCUGCUAAACAAAAGUGUAUGUACUAAAGUUCUAAUUUCCUAUGUUACCCAAGCAAGGAAAGGUUUUGUCUUUUUCUUAUUCCUCUUUCCUGAGAGUUGCAAAAAGUGCUGGGCUGGGUAUGGCCCACUGCUUCUCCCCCAGAGGAACUCAAUAACUGCAAGGAACAGAAGGGGCUUUCUAACUUCAGCCUCCUACUCACCUUUUUGGAGCCACAUCCUUCAUAACCAGCUCCUCUUGUAUCCAGAUCUCUACAUGCAUUUGCACUCUGUACUGAUUGCAAAUUUCAUUCAUGUAAUGCAGAGACCCAUUAAUAAUUUAAGAUUAAAAAGGAACCCAAGGGCAGCAACAUUUCAUUUUUGCUCAUGCAAUAGAUGUUACUUUGCUAGUACGUCAACUCAAGUUAUCUUUGUGCAUGCUAACAUUAAUUCAGUAAAUUGCUUUUCAAAGAAAGUGCAUUCAGAAAGUACCUGGAGAAUCUAUAUGCAAGUUUAAUUUUUAUGGCGAAUGUGCCAGAUCAAUACCCAGAAAAGGAAAAAGGAACAAGAUUUCAGUUUUGCCCAUUGAGUUUUCAAAAGAGGGUGUAGCCAGAAUAAACAGUAUACAGAAGCCCUCUGCACGAACAGGUAAAAGCCAUAUCAGGUGUAGUGAGAAAUAUCCCAGCGCAUUAUUUACACCGUGUUCAACCGGAGAAAUAAUUACGUGUAACGGUACUGGAUAGCUCUCCAGCGUUGCAGCGGGACCGUCCGCACACCCGAGAGAGCUGUCAGCAUUUUCCGCCUUCCCGGGGAAGGGAAUGGGACGCCCAGUCGGGCUAGGGAGGUGCCGGGUCUCCGCAGGGCCCGGACGCGGCGACCCCGCUCAGCGGCCCGGAGGAGCCGGGGGCUCCUGUCGGGAUCUGCCCCCGGCCCGCUGGGAACCACCGCCCCGAGCCCCGCGGUCCCUCAGCCGCCCGCCGCUCCUUCCUCGGCGGCUGCCGGCGCCUUCUGCCCCGCAGCUUCCCGCUCCCCUCGGGUACACCGCAACUUGCCAGCCCGUCCGGCACCAAACCCGCUGGGUCACCCGCGUCCCGGAGAGACUCGGGCAGCGCCUGACAGCGGCACCCGCCCGGCCCGCGGAGCUCGACCGGGGCCGCGCGUCUCACCUGAGCGCAGAGCGGAACCCGCUGGGGACAAGAUCUCUGUCUGAAGGUCUUCUAUAACACGUGAUCCAACAAUGUAUGUUACUGAUAAGAGACUACACAUCAGAGAGGUUCCCUCCAUGUGCCAUCUGUUUCCUUGCAAUUGGGAAUGGUAGAAUAAUUUUCUGAAGAAUUGCUGACAAGAUGUGGCAAGGGAACAGUAAUCCAUAAGGACGAGAUUUCUCAUUAAAGUCACUCAGCUCAUCUGUGAUACAGCAGCCUCUUGAUUUACACUGGUCACCUCUGGAGCAGGGAGGACAGUGACUGAUGCUCCAAGAAAAAUAUGAAAAUGCAGCUGGAGACAUUAAGAAAAUCAAGACCACAGCAGAAGGUCAGCAACACGGAGACAUUGAUGUACAAAACAAAGUGAAUUUAUGUUCCAGAAGCUGUGAGCCCUCUCCUGCCAACCUAUCCACAAGAGUUCAGUGAUGUGAGGAGUUCUUAUGUGACAGUGUAAUGAACAAGAUAUCUUAAAGGACAGCUUGAACUUUGGUGUCCUGACUGAGCUGCCUGCCAGGGCUGUUCUCCCUUUCCUGGAGCUGUGUGCACAUCUGAAGUCAGAUCACUGCAGAAUUAUCACAUCAUCAGAGUGAUCAAUGCUCUUUUGAAUCCAGAAGGGAACCAAAUAUAAAAGGAAACUGUCCCUAUGCACAAUUUCAGAAUUUUAAAUGUGGGCCGCUGCGAAAAGGCUCAUAGGAAAAUCCUGCGACACACUGAGGUGGCCUGCACCAUCAAAGUCCCGUGAAGCUUCACAUGCAGUUGUGACCUUCUUUUCCCUUCUGAUGUGGACCUGGGUGAUGCAGGUUACGUCUGUCCUGCUGUCAGCGCUGUCACUCGGAACAGAGGUGGCUGAGCCAGCUUUAAAUGAACUAACACAGGAGGAAGAUGGAGAUCAGGAAGCUGUAUGUGAAAAGAAGAUUAUUAACCGGGCAUUUCUUUCUCUUUCCCAAAUUACUGCUUUGACCAAACAAGAUGUAGAAGGAGUUCAAAAAAAGCUAGAAGAAUAUCUGAAGUUUAAACAAUUAAAGACAUCUUUGAAAGAAGCUAUUUUGCUAGAUUAUUAUACUGCGGGAUUUUGUUGGGCUAAAGAAAUGAACUUCAGUCUUAUACAGCUCUCAGGAUUCAUGGAUCUAUUAAAUUUCCUGUUGGAGAACCUCAGUGACAAACAUAUGUCCUUAGGAGAUAAUUUAAAAGAACUUGGAAGAGCAAUGGCUGGAAUAGGAGAAACUGAUUCAGAAGGAAGUGGUGAUUUGUAUUUCUUCAGCAUCGAGCAGGCCAAAGCAGUCAUUGAUUACUUGAAUAUCAGCUUAUUUAAACACUAUAAAGCAUAUGAAUACCUCUUCCACAGUCCUGGAGAAGAAUUUGUGAUAAGUAAUGAGGAAAGCGGUUUGAAAACUCCUGCGCAGGAACAUUCAUACGGAAUUUCCAUGUGCAUCAUCAGCAAUUGGUAUAUGACUGAACUUGCCCAACCUGCAGUUCCCCCCUUCCCUGCUCUGCUGGAAGAAGAAAUACCUUCGGAAACCUAUUCAUCAUUCAUAGUAUCACCAACAGCUACAGAGGAAGAAUCUAAGGGCUCUGAUGAAGAGGGUGACCUGGAAGAGCCCCAUGCAGAGGUGGAGUCCUGCGAGGCAGACGCUGUGGCUGGCGUCACUGAUGAGGAUCAGAAGUCCACAGUGGGUGAAGAAAUCCCAAAUGAAAUUAUUGGCAACCUCGAGGCGGAGAUAAAUGAAAAGCUGCAAAUGGAAGAAGCUCAUACUUUGUGAACAGAAAAAUGAAAAAGUCCUAAAUAGCCAGAUAAGAAAGGUGAUGUUGAAUCUUAGAGAAAUUGGACGGUAGGGGAUGGUGGCACACACAGAAGACUGUAAUUAUUUUUCUGUAAAGGAAAAUGGUUCUGUUAGCACUUACCUAGAAAUAGUUCAUCCCACUGCCUCAAAUUUACUGUGUUGUUAUUUAGUUCAGACUGAAGUUGAAGGCAAUAAACAGAAGGAUAUGUAAUUAUAAAA